AUGGACCAGAUUCAAAUACCUUCUCGCGAUGUUGUGUCAAGUCUUUGUGAUAGCAACGGACCCGAAACCCGCGGCUUUGCAUACAACGAUCAGAUUUGGAUCAAAUACGGCAAGUCAGUGAGGUUGGCGGAAGCUGCGAUGCAAAAAUAUGUACACGAAAAUGCUGAUCCUAGCAUCGUCCAUAUUCCCAAGGUUUUCGACGCUUUCAGCAUCCCAUUAGGGCCGGACGAAAUAUCAAUUAUCGUCAUGGAGAAUGUGAAGGGCAGUGAUUUCGUUGACUUCAAAAAGGAGCACCCGCAAGAAGCCGAGGAAGCAAUGGAGGCCAUCGCGACCGCCGUCCGUCACAUUUGGGAUCUCCCACUACCACCGGGCGUACCACUAGGACCUUUCUACCAAGAGAUGCCUGUUGAUAGAUUCUUUGCGGAUUUUGGGGCAUACCGCAGUUUUAACGAUUUGUCAGAGUUGGAGGAUUGGAUCAACAAUAAGCUGGACAAGGGAGAGUUCCAAGAUCGGGUGGCAUUGCAGGGGGAGCGGCUUUACAUAUGCCAUUGCGAUCUUACUCAGUUCAACAUCAGAGUGGGCGAGCGAAUCGCCAUUCUAGACUGGGGGUUCUCGGGUGUCUAUCCACUGAUAUUUGAAGAAUUUGCUCUGUUUCACCAAUUCUGCCUUCCUGGCUCUAAAUUUGCGAGAGCUCUAUGCAAGGAGCUCUUUGGGCCAAAGCUCUCUACGCCUAUGCGUGCGAUGUCACGCGCAGCAAAUUAUCACAUGUUUGGGAUCUGCGCGAGGAAGAAAUGA